AUGAUUGCCCUACAGCAAGGAACCACGGAUGAUAAUUUCCGCCGAUCACUAGCCAAGAGGGCCCCUGAAAAUAUGAAUGAGCUCCAGGAGAGGGCCGGGAAGUAUAUCAAGGCUGAGGAAAGCCUGAAGAAAUCUCAGAAUAACCAGGGACCGACCCCGAACCCAAAGAAACGUGGAAACGACACCGAGUACAACGCGGAUAGUAAGUAUUCAAAGACAGGGGAUGGUGAUAAGUCCCCCACCAAAAAGAAAGCAGGACCGAGGUUCACUGAGUUUCAUAAGGAUACAGGACAUAAGACCGAUGAUUGCCGGCAGUUGAAGGAUGAGAUCGAGUUUUUGAUCCGAAAAGGCAAGCUGUCCAAGUAUACUAGGGAUACGGACAAGAAUCCCCGUGACAAUGACAACCGUGGAAGAGACAACGAUGAUAGGAAUAAGAGAAACCAGCCUAGAGGGCCUGUGAUCAAUGUAAUCUCUGGAGGACCGACCGCAGCAGGCCUAUCUAGUAACUCACGAAAAGCUUAUGCUCGUGAAGUGAUGUACAUUGUUGGAGAGCCCCCGAAGAGGGCAAAAAUUGAGUUUGCUUUAGCAUUCGACAAUUUAGAUCUUGACAGAGUUAAAUUUCCCCAUGAUGAUCCUUUGGUAAUCACCCCGGUGAUUGGAAACUCUUCUGUAAAAAGGGUACUCGUUGACGGUGGAGCCUCAGUAGAUAUCUUAUUUCAUGAUGCAUAUGAGAAGAUGGGAUAUUCAGAUUCGCAAUUGACACCUUCAGAUAUGCCUAUAUACGGCUUUAAUAAUGUGGAGACAAAGAUUGAAGGUAUGAUCCAACUACCCGUGACAAUGGGCACCGAGCCUAGACAGGCCACAUGUAUGCUGAAUUUUUUGGUCGUUAAGGCUUCAUCAACCUACAAUGCUAUCCUUGGGAGGACUGGGAUACAUGCUUUUAAAGCAAUCCCAUCCACCUACCACUUGAAGAUCAAAUUCCCUACCAAGAAUGGGGUGGAAGAAGAGAUAGGAGAUCAAAAAAUGGCUAGAAGUUGUUAUGUGGGGGCUCUGAAAUCUGGAGGGACCGGGGGGCAAGUUCUCCCAAUUGAGGACUUGGAUGUCCGAGAGGAAGAGGAAAGGAGAGGAAAGCCAGCUGAGGACUUGGUUCCCUUCUCCCUAUAUCCAGAUGAGCCCGAGAAGGUGACCUAUGUAGGGGCGUCGCUCCCCGAGGAUAUGAAAUCCGAAUUUGUGAAAUUCUUGAGGAACAACCGGGAUGUGUUUGCUUGGACCGCAGCCGAUAAGCCAGGGAUUGAUCCCCUCUUUAUGACACACACGCUUAACGUAAGCCCAGAUAGAAAACCCGUGAAACAAAAGAAGAGAAGUUUUGCCCCUGAGAGGCAGGAAGCCAUAAAACAGGAGGUCGAUAAGCUUUUGGAAGCAGGUUUUAUAGAGGAAAUCCAAUUCCCAGAAUGGCUAGCUAACCCAGUCAUGGUCAAGAAAGCUAAUGGAAAGUGGAGGAUGUGUGUAGACUUCACAUAUUUGAAUGAUGCUUGUCCUAAGGACUGUUUUCCUCUCCCAAGAAUAGAUACUCUGAUCGAUGCUACAGCUGGGCACGAGAUGUUGAGCUUUAUGGAUGGCUUUAGUGGAUACAACCAGAUCCGAAUGAAUAAGGACGACAUUCCUAAGGUAUCAUUCAUCACUGAUUUUGGUAUCUUUUGUUAUUUGGUUAUGGCGUUUGGUUUAAAGAAUGCAGGAGCCACAUAUCAACGCCUGGCAAAUAAGAUGUUCAAACAUCUGAUUGGAAAAACCAUGGAGUGUGCCUUUGGAGUUGGGUCUGGAAAAUUUUUGGGUCUGAUGGUCUCAAAACGUGGAAUUGAGGCCAACCCCGACAAGAUAAAGGCCAUCCUUGAUAUGGAGCCGCCUAAGUCUAUAAAAGAUGUUCAAAAGCUAACAGGAAGAAUCGCGGCACUAGGACGUUUCAUCUCGAAGUCCGGGGAUAAGUGCUUGCCCUUCUUUAAGGCUUUGAAGAAAGUUAAAGAUUUUGAAUGGACAAGUGAGAGCCAAGAGGCCUUUGAGCAGUCGAAGAAGUAUAUGGCAGAGCCACCACUCUUAUCAAAGCCCGUGGAUGGAGAAACAUUAUAUGUCUACUUGGCUGUCUCUGAGAAAGCACUGAGUGCGGUCUUGGUUCCUUCAAGAAAGCUGAGGCCUUACUUCCAGGCUCACAAAAUUGAAGUCUUGACAGACCAGCCCCUUAGGAACAUAAUGCAUAGCCCGAAGGCUAGUGGGAGAUUAAUCAAAUGGGCAGUAGAGCUUGGGGAAUUUGAAAUUCGAUACAAACCACGGGUGGCAAUCAAGGCUCAAGCUCUAGCUGACUUCCUCGUUGAAUGCACCAUCGACAACAAGGAAGUCGGGGGGCAGGAGAGUAUGGUAGAGGAACCCAAAGAAGAGGAGAAACCUAAAGAGUAUUGGUUACUAAUUUUUGACGGAGCUUCAAAAACAAAAAAUAGUGGGGCAGGGCUGGUGCUCCGAAGCCCGGAUUGCUUCACGGUCGAGUACGCGAUCAAGUUAGACUUUCCAACUACCAACAAUGAAGCUGAGUAUGAGGCCCUUAUAGCUGGAUUGGGAUUGGCGAGAACCCUGAGGGUUAAAAACCUGAAAGUAUGUGGGGACUCAAGACUUGUGGUGUCACAGGUUAAUGGAGAAUUUGAGGCACCAGAAGAAACAAUGUUGAAAUACUUAAGGAUUGUGAAAGCCCAGAUGACGCAAUUUAAAGAAUGUUUGGUAGAACAUAUACCUAGGGAAGAGAAUACAAAGGCUGAUGCCUUAUCCCAGUUUGCAUCCUCAGAGAAUGAGGUGUGCUCGGGAAGUGUUUACUAUCAGGUUUUGAAAACCCCAAGUAUCAAUGCCAAGCUGGUAGCCCCAAUCGACACGGGGGCCACUUGGAUCGAUGAGGUCAAAACGUAUCUCGAAACUGGACAUCUACCACCUGAUGCUGGGGAAGCACGAAAACUACAAGUAAGAGCUUUAAAGUAUGCACUCAUUGAAGGGAUUCUCUAUAAGAAAUCUUUUGUUAUACCUUAUUUGAAGUGUUUAAGGCCAGAUGAGGCCCGGGAAGCCUUGAAAGAGGUCCAUGAAGGAAUCUGUGGCCAGCACCUAGGCGGGAGAGCCUUGGCUCACAAAAUUACUCGCCUUGGGUUCUUUUGGCCAAAUAUGCUGAAGGAUGCGAAGGAUUAUGUUAAGAGAUGCGAUCGUUGUCAGAGAUUUGCACCUGUUGUGCGCCAGCCCCCAGAGAUGCUGACAUCCAUUAACUCCCCGAUUCCCUUUGCUAUGUGGGGGAUGGACAUCCUAGGGCCGUUUCCACUCGCCAGUGCUCAAAGGAAGUUUUUGAUAGUGGCUAUUGACUACUUUACCAAGUGGAUUGAGGCCAAACCCCUGGCCAAGAUAACCACCAAGCAAGUUGCUCAGUUCUUUUGGGAAAACGUCAUAUGCAGGUAUGGCAUACCCCGAGUCUUGGUUACUGACAAUGGAGCUCAGUUCAACAAUCCAGAGUUUGUGGGAUACUGUAACGACUAUAGCAUUGAGCUACGAUUCACUUCGGUUGCCCAUCCUCAAGCCAAUGGGCAAGCUGAAGUAGCCAACAGGAUAAUCCUUGAUGGGCUAAAGAAAAGAGUCGAGAAAGCGCAUGGGUCUUGGGCUGAAGAGAUUCUCCCUAUACUAUGGGCAUAUCGAACAACCUGCAAGGUCUCCACAGGAGCAACCCCGUUCCAGUUAGCUUACGGGGCUGAAGCCGUAGUGCCACUUGAGAUAACUCAUACCUCCCCCAGGGUCCAGCAGUAUGAGCCCGAAGCCAAUGAGGAAGGAAUGAGACUCGCACUCGACAUGAUCGAUGAGGUCCGUGAUGAGGCUAACGCCAGGAUCGUUGAGAGCCAAAAACGAGCUUCCUAUUACUAUAAUCUCCGAGUCAAGGAACGAUUCUUCAGAAAAGGGGAUUUAGUCCUAAGGAAAGCUGAGGCCUCAGGAGUUGGUCCCAAGGGAAAGAUGGCCCCAAACUGGGAAGGUCCGUAUCAGGUGAAGGAUGUUAUUGGUCGCGGCUCGUACAAGCUUCAGACCCUGGAUGGAGUUGAGUUUCCAAGGAGUUGGCAUGCCACCAACUUGAAGAUUUAUUAUAUUUGA